GUAAUAUUCAUGUAAGCUUGAACCAGGAAGUUAUUUAUUUUCUGCAAAAUAAACGCUAAAAUCAGGUUUGGUUAAAAUGGGGGAAUACUUAAGUAAAAGUUCCACAAGCAUUGAUGAGAUUGCGGCAGCGAAGGCACAAUCCCAUCUCCUCGUUGCUGCAUUCGAGUUUGGGACCACGUACAGCGGUUAUGCGUUUUCCUUCCGAAAUGACCCUCUAAAAGUGCAGACCAACCAGAAUUGGUACGGAGGAGCAGGAAAACUUAUAUCUCUCAAGACGCCAACAAGUGUUCUUCUAAAUCCAAAGGGAGAGUUUGACUCUUUUGGAUUUGAAGCUGAGGACAGGUAUGCUUAUAAAGCAGAAGAUGACGAACACAAAGGAUGGCGAUUGUUCCGGCGUUUUAUGAUGGUUUUACACAACAAUAAGGAGCUUUCCAGAGCCACAACUGUGGAGGACAUAGAAGGCAAAUCGCAUCAAGCUCUACCAAUCUUCUCCUUGGCGAUCAAGUUUCUACAUAAACAUCUCCUACAGGCGGUAGCAAACCAGACGGUGGGUGUACUAGAGACGGACAUUUCCUACGUCAUCACGGUGCCCGCUAUCUGGGAUGACAAUGCCAAUAAGUUCAUGAGAAUGGCUGUCGAAGAGGCUGGUCUCGAUGAAACCCGAGUAGCACUUGCACUCGAACCGGAAGCUGCCUCGAUCUGGUGUGAGACACUCGAUGUUGACACAAAGGCUGCGCUGGCCGGAACCGGAACUCAGUAUAUGGUCAUUGAUCUAGGAGGUGGCACCGCCGUUAUUUCUUUCCGGGAGAAGAAAGGGACCGGCACUCUGAAGGAAAUACAUCAGCCGACCGGUGGACCAUGGGGUGGCAUCUAUGUUGACGCCAACUAUCUCAAAUUCUUGGAACACAUUUUUGGAGAGAAGGCUAUAACUGCACUUAAGACAGAGGAAAGAGCCGACUUCUUUGAUGUUAUUAGGGAAUUUGAAACAAAGAAACGUACCUUUAGCAAAAAUACAACAGGAAAAAUUACGUUCAGAAUAUCUUCAAACAUUAGAAAGCUUUCCAAGAAGUUCACAGGACAGAAUCUAGAGCAGAGGAUAUGCAGCCUUGGAUUUGGUGAGUCAGUUAUUGUGAAAGGUGAUGACAAGUUGCGAGUUGAAUCUGACAUCGUCCGUACUUGGUUUGACGGUCCUAUAGACAGUCUUAUUGGUCAAAUAAAGAGUCUUCUCAAGAAACGCAAGUUGAGAGCUGUGCAGACAAUCGUGCUUGUUGGUGGUUUCGGUGGUAGCCCAUACGUUCAUGACAGACUGAGGGCUGCGUUCCCAGACAAACGUCUGAUUCUCAGUGCAGAUGCGGAGCUCGCCGUGCUGAAAGGGGCUGUCAAGUUUGGCUACAAUCCAUUGGUUGUGGUAGAAAAAGAAAAAAAGUAUUCCACUCUCCUCGUUGCUGCGUUCGACUUUGGGACAACAUACAGCGGUUAUGCGUUUUCCUUCAUGAAUGACCCGCUCAAAGUGCAGACCAACCAGACUUGGAGUUCAAGAGCGACAGGACGACUUAUUUCACUGAAGACGUCAACAAGCGUGCUUCUAAAUCCAGAGGGCGAGUUUGACUCGUUUGGCUUUGAAGCUGAAGACAGCUAUGCGAGUAAAGCAGAAGAUGACCAACACGAAGGAUGGAGAUUGUUCCGGCGUUUUAAAAUGGUUUUACAAAACAAGGUGCUUUUAAGAGACACAACGGUGGAGGACAUUGAAGGCAACUCUCAUGAAGCUCUACCAAUUUUCGCCAUGGCGAUCAAGUUUCUACACGAACAUCUCCUGAAGGCGGUAGAAAACCAGACGGAUAUUUUGCUAGAGGAAGAAAUUUCCUACGUCAUCACGGUGCCCGCCAUUUGGGAUGACAAUGCAAAGGAGUUAAUGAGAACGGCUGCCGAAGAGGCUGGUCUCGAUGGAACCCGAGUAACACUUGCACUUGAGCCGGAAGCUGCCUCGAUCUGGUGUGAGACACUCGAUGUUGACACAAGGGCUGCGCUGGCCGGAGCUGGAACUCAGUAUAUGGUCAUUGAUCUAGGAGGUGGCACCGCAGACAUUUCUAUCCAUGAGAAGAACCAGGACGGCACUCUGAAGGAAAUACAUCAGCCGACCGGUGGACCAUGGGGUGGCAUCUAUGUUGACGCAAACUAUCUCAAAUUCUUAGAAAACAUUUUUGGAGAGAAUGCUAUAACUGCACUAAAGACCGAGGACAUGGCCGAUUAUUUUGACGUUAUCAGGGACUUUGAAACAAAGAAAAUUACUUUAAACAAAAAGAUGACAGGCAAAUUUACGUUCAAAAUAUCUUCAACCGCUAAGAAGCUUUCCAAAGAGCUGACAGGCCAGAAUCUAGAGCAGAGGUUAGACAGCCUUGGAUAUGGUGAGUCAGUCGUUGUGAAAGGAGACAAGUUGCGAGUUGAGCCUGACAUCAUUCGUUCUUGGUUUGACGGUCCUAUAGAUGAUAUUAUUGGUCACGUGAAGAGCCUUCUCAAGGAGCCCAAGUUGAGGGCGGUGCAGACAAUUGUGCUGGUUGGUGGUUUUGGAGAGAGCACGUACGUCCAGGAGAGGCUGAGGGCUGAUAUCCCAGACAAGCGUCUGAUUGUCCCUGCUGAGGCGGGUCUCGCCGUGCUGAAAGGGGCCGUCAGGUUUGGACAUAAUCCAACAAUCAUCACAUCAAGGGUCAUGAAAUACACGUACGGAGUUGAGGUGAAAAUGAUUUAUGAUGAGAAAAUUCACAGUGACGACAAAAAAUACUUCGAUGAAGACGGGAAAUGGCGUGUGUUUAAAUGUUUCGAUGUGUUCGUUCGUGUAAACAAGGAUGUUCCCAUUGACCACAAAAUAACCAAGGGUUACAUACCUCUAGCAUACAGGACAUCCAUAGCAAUCUUCCGGACGACAACCGAGAACCCCGUGUACGUGACCGACCCCGGCUGUGAGCUGCUCGGUAAGCUGAUUCUAGAGCUGCCCCGGGACAUGCCUCUCUCUGAGCUUAAUACCGAUAUAACAUUCAUAUUUGGAGGGACGGAACUUGUGGUGAAAGGCCGUGUGAGAAAGACCGGAGAAGAGCAGAUCUUGAAACUAAAUUGUCUUAAAUAAGCUAAAACGCACACCAGGACUCUGCAAUGUAAACCUGUUGUUAUUCUCGUUUUUCUGGAAAUAGAGUAAUAUUAACUUAUAAAGAAACGACGUUAUAUUGCUGACCGUGUGAGAAAGACAAAACAGGGGAAUGAAACGUAUAACUCUUAAAACUUAUUUGUUAUGGGUAGGCUACAACUGGCACCAAGAACCUGUGAUGUGAACUUGCGAAAUGCAAUGAUAUAUAUAUUCUAUUAACAAGCUUUUAUAUUCCUUUAGAGACGAUUAGGUAUAAAUGGAUGUAUUUGGAAACGACGAUGCUGUUGUUACUAACAUUAUGAAACUGAAUUACCUUCUAAAAGACUUUAAUCUUGUCUAUAUAGUCAUAUAUUAUGUAUACUUAUGUUGAUAUUUUCGGGUAUGGGCGACGUUUAACUGUGUGUCUGCAAAACACAAGCUUAUUAUUAUAACAUUAUAUCGACGAAAUGGAAUGCAUUAUAUUUGCAUAAAACAUAUCAAAAUACAUGUUUUAUAGGUCAUCAGGGUUUAGAUAUAUCCCCUGCCUGGUGACCAUUAAAAACAGAAUUUCACAAAUAAACGGGAAAACUGGAGAAUAUCGAAAUUGUCUGGCGUAAAGUAAUAUUCAGCUCAUUCCUGUUUAGGUUAUAUGUAAAUUUAUGUUAUUUUUCCUGCAAAUUGUAAUUGCUUAUUUUUUUAUAAUUGAAAAUAAAAGUAUAUUUGGUUUAUAUGUAAAUAUGAAACCCUUUUAUGCGCGUGUGAUCUAUCUGUACGUUUGCUUGUGUACGUCUGUGAUUUUACAUAAUCUAGAAAUGUUUGAAGAAGCAUAAAAGGGAUACUUUUUUGAUUGUUCAGCAAAUUAUUGUUAGUAAUAUUUAUAUGAAAAAAAAACUGACAAUACUAUAAGUAUCUUGCAUGUGUAUUCCGGCACGGGUAACGAGGCUUGCCGAGCUACCGGCCAAGCAGCGUACCCGAGGGUCGUAUUGGGAUGGCGUGAAAUGAUUUUCAUAAACUAUACAAUAAAAGAAAUAAAAAGUGGCACGUUG